CGUUUAUUUCGGGCAGAUAACCUGAACAAUAAAGUCUGUCCAGUAGAAGAGGCAAAACACAUUUCCACUGGACAACGUCAGAGAAAUAUUUCACUGAAAAAUCAGAUGCACAGUUUUCACGGAACCUAGCCAAGACAUGUUUGGUGUCACUGGAGGUGCGAGGCCACCAUCACCUUUCGAGAAGCCUCUGCCACAGCUCGACGCACCAAACGCGUCUGCGGUGAAAGGGAAUCUGUCCGUUUUCCAGUAAACCGCUGCUUUAACUUACUAAAGGACUCCCUGUUCUGAGGAGCCCCGCUGAUCCUCGCGGACCGACCGCGGUCGCGAGCAUUACCGCUGUGUUCAAUCGUCAUUGCUACAUCCGGGUAAGUUGCCGUUUGAUUGACAGUUUCCAUAGUAACAGCACAGGCUGUCGCCAUUUUGUCGGUGGCUUUUUUUUCCCACCUUUUCAAAUGUUUUUGCUUCCCGCCGGAAUAACGCGGUCAUAUGUUCUCACGAGUGACAGCUUCGCGGGGAGAGGUUCUCCGGCCGUGUCCGACUGAGAAGACCAGGGACCGGGGGUUCGGAGGGUGAGAGGAGCGGGUUAGGCGGUACCGAGCCCUCCGAGCGAGCGAGCGAGCUAACGCUGCUCUUCUCCUCCGUGUGUGUCUCGUCUCCGCUCCGCUCCGCUCCGCCGGGCCGCUCCGCCGCCUGCGCAGGUCUGGAACGAACGCGCGCCAUUUUGUGAAAACUAACAUUAAAAUCUUGUGGAAAAGCGGCGGAUUCGUUUCGCCCUUGCCCGUGCGCCGUGUCAGCUGAGUGGCGUUAUAAUCCGCGCUCGGUCCCGAGCCAGCGGGAGCGAGAGCGCGCUCCGCGGUAACCGAGCUAGCGGCUUAGCCACAUUCGUUAGAGUCACCUAGCUUAGCUUAGUUUAGCUUAGCUUAGCUGGCUGGCUAACGUCCGCCAGCGCCGUUAAUCCGAAAGUUGGACGCCUGACCGGCCAUGGCUGCUUCACAGAGGACGACCGAGGCUCGGAAAAUCAGGCUGGGCUGCCAUUUUGAUGCCCGUUGGCUGCGAUAAGAAACGUUUAGCCGGAUAGCCAGCUGAGCUAGAUUGGCCAAGCUAGCUAACGUAGCUCCGCCUGGACUGGAAAUUUUGGGCAUCUCGGUCAUCGCGGCUAACCGUGCAGAAGCUGGACAAGGGGCUUCACCUCACUGGCUCUGAGACUUUAAAUGAAGAUCACACCAUCAAAGGGGGAGAGACCUCAGCAUGCAAACCUUCGUCCGUCUGGCUUGCACCCUCUUUUUCUUUCAAUGCUGCUGGUCUUCAGAUGGCUGCUCCGAUGCCUCAUUCGCACCAGCAGUACAGUGACUGUCACCAGCAGAGUACAGACCAGUCUGUCACUGUACUGCCAUACAGUGACCAGACACAAGCACUCACUGCCAACCAGAGGCACAUGCCCCAGUGCUUUCGUGACCCAACUGUAGCUCCUUUAAGGAAGCUCUCCAUUGACCUGAUCAAAACCUACAAACAUAUUAAUGAGGUGUAUUAUGCAAAAAAGAAACGGCGGCAUCAACAGGGUCAAGGUGAGGACUCCAGCCAUAAGAAGGAGAGGAAAGUCUUCAAUGAUGGUUAUGACGAUGACAACUAUGACUACAUUGUCAAGAAUGGAGAGAAGUGGAUGGACCGUUAUGAAAUCGAUUCUCUAAUUGGAAAAGGUUCAUUUGGACAGGUUGUAAAAGCUUACGACCGCGCUGAGCAGGAGUGGGUAGCGAUUAAGAUCAUCAAAAACAAGAAGGCUUUUCUCAAUCAAGCUCAGAUUGAAGUGCGGCUUCUUGAACUCAUGAACAAACAUGACACGGAGAUGAAGUACUAUAUAGUUCAUCUGAAGCGGCACUUCAUGUUCCGGAAUCACCUUUGCUUAGUAUUUGAAAUGUUGUCAUACAACUUGUAUGACUUGUUACGAAAUACAAACUUCAGAGGAGUUUCUUUGAACCUGACCAGGAAGUUUGCCCAGCAGCUGUGCACAGCACUGCUGUUUCUCGCCACCCCUGAGCUCAGUAUCAUCCACUGUGACCUCAAGCCAGAGAACAUCCUGCUAUGUAACCCCAAGAGAAGCGCCAUUAAAAUAGUGGACUUCGGGAGCUCUUGCCAACUGGGACAAAGGAUAUAUCAGUACAUCCAGAGUCGAUUCUAUCGCUCCCCUGAAGUGUUAUUGGGAAUGCCAUAUGAUCUGGCCAUAGACAUGUGGUCACUAGGAUGCAUACUAGUUGAGAUGCACACAGGCGAGCCUCUGUUCAGUGGAGCCAAUGAGGUUGACCAGAUGAACAAAAUUGUUGAAGUUCUUGGUAUCCCACCCAAUCACAUAAUGGACCUAGCACCAAAAGCCAGAAAGUUUUUUGAGAAGUUGUCAGAUGGGACAUGGAGUAUAAAGAAGACCAAAGACGGGAAAAGGUACAAACCUCCGGCUUCUCGAAAGCUCCAUGUCAUCUUGGGAGUGGAAGGUGGUGGACCAGGGGGCCGAAGGGCUGGCGAAUCGGGCCAUGCAGUUGCUGAUUACUUGAAAUUCAAAGACCUUGUGCUCAGAAUGCUGGACUAUGACCCUAAGACAAGAAUCCAGCCCUACUAUGCCCUUCAGCACAGCUUCUUCAAGAAAACAGCAGAUGAAGGAACAAAUACAAGCAGUAGUGUUUCAACAAGUCCUGCACUUGAGCAGUCACAGUCCUCAGGGACCACUUCUAGUACAUCCUCAAGCUCAGGAGGAUCAUCUGGAACAAGCACCAGUGGCAGAGCAAGAUCUGAUCCAACUCACCACCAUCGACACAGUGGGGGUCACUUUGGCACAACAGUGCCAUCCAUAGACUGUGACAACCUCUGCCCUCAGACGAGACAGCCUUACCAUCCACCUGUAGUAUGGACUGGCGGUGUUGGACCGGACCCUGUCACUGUAGAGACACAUCCAGUCCAGGAGACCACCUUUCAUGUGCCUCCCCAACACCCUAAGGCAUUGCACCCCCAUCACCACCACCACCAUCACCACCACCAUCACCAUCAUCAUCACGGACAGGUCAUAACCGCGCACCCUCGACCACGGCUCUACAACUCGCCCACCAACAGCGCCUCCACACAGGAUUCCAUGGAGGUUGUGCAUGGUCAUCUGUCCAUGACAUCCCUGUCUUCCUCUGCAUCCUCUUCCUCCACAUCUUCCUCUUCCACGGGAAACCAUGGUAACCAGGCUUACCAGUUUCGCCAGGUUCCUGCCAGUACCCUGGACUUCAGCCAAAAUGGAAGUAUGAACAUGGGUUUGGGUGCCUUCUCAAAUCCUCGCCAAGAAACUGGCAUUGCUGGACAUCCAACUUACCCCGUUGCCACAAAUACUGGACCUAGUCACUUCAUAACAGAGGGACAUUUGGGCUUGAGGCAAGGCAUUGAUAGAGAAGAGUCUCCAAUGACUGGAGUAUGUGUUCAGCAGAGCUCAAUGGCCAGUUCGUGACUAAGCUGAAAAUGGUUUGUCUUCUGUGUGUGAUUUAUUAUUUUUUUUUUCUAGGUGAUGUUUUCUUUUUCUCCUGUUUUUGAAAAGGUGCAUAGACAACAAAAAGCUGCUCACUUUUUAGGGGAGAUAUCACUGAACCGCUACAACUGAAGAGUAUUUAAAGUAUAUAUGUAUUUCAGAUAUUUUUUUUUUCCCAGUCAAUAGACACAUUAGUAAUACUGCAAAAUAACCAUAGUGAAAAUUGACACGUCCGUCUGCGAGUUCACUGACUGCACAUAGUAUUGAUUUAUCAUUCAUUGUUUUUUUUUUUUUAAAGAUUCUUUUGUUCUGUUUUUGUCUUUCUUUUUUUUCCUGACCAUUUCAGAGCAGAGAGCUGCCACGCAACUAGCUGUAUGUAAAGCAAUGCAAAAACAUCCAUUAAGUUCAAACAGUAAAACAUUUUUGCCUUUUUUUUCCUUUUGGACUGGUUGUUAUUUAUUUACCCUUUAAGUGAAGCCUCUCAGAGCUGUGUGUUAACCUGUAGUGUGUCGAGGAAGCAGUACUUGCAGUGAUAUUUCGUCUUGUCCGUAUUGUGUAACUCUUCAAGGGGGGCACAUGGACGUUGCUUCAGCAGCGAGCACUUGGCUGCGAAUGGGAGAGACCCGCGCUGGUGCUUGCUGAGUCGGAUGCAGUACUGUCCAGGCUGGAAGCUGUUUGUAUGAGGCAGCUUCAAGUGUGUGUGUGUGUGUGUGUGUGUGUGUGUGUGUGUGGCUAUUGAGGAGGAGGAGACACACUGAAGGGGGUUGUAUACAGAGUAACGGGCUGUUGUUAAGCAUCUUAUUGGCCUUACGAAUUUUGGACUUCUGAAUGAAAAAGAGAUGGACAGACAGUGAAAUAAAAACGGCUUUCCUCUAUUUUUAACGUUGAAAUGGUCCUGAAUCGUUUAGGGGGAAUGCCGAAUAAAGUAAAAAAAAAAGAAGUAAUUAAGAAUGGUUAUUAAGAGGCCUUUAUCUAAGGGACUUAAAGGGACUCUUAAUUACAGGGUCAAGUGUCCCGAACACGACUUCCUAUAAUUCUUUCUUACCGAAGUGGAAUUUCAUGAUGAAGGUAGUCCACCCAUAUUUGAGAUGCUUGAUUUUAUUUAUUUCUUUCCUCUUGUUUCCUUUUUGAGUAUACGGUUUCCGUUUGAAGACUGCUUCAAUUUGCCUCUUCAAUUUUUAGUACAGAAAUAUGUGCUGAAAUUUGUGACUGCCUUUUUCGCCUCUCGAAUUAUGCUGUGAAUUUUACACACUUUUUUUUUGUUUUGUUUGAUCAUCUCUCUCUCUCUCUCUCUCUCUCCCUCUCCCUCUCUCUCCAUUUUUCUCCUUUUCUUUUUUUUUUAUACCAAAGCGAUUGUUUUUAUAGUACUUGGUGUCUGUAACCAAUAAUGUAGCAGUUCACCACUUCAACGCAAGGUUUAUUAAAGUAUCGACUUUUGUCCAUACAAAAUGUCCAUCAACUGCUAUUGCGAACUGGAGCUUUUUGCUGAACUUGGUACAUUUUUAAUGUUGAUCGAUUUGCUUGUCAUGUGGUUAAACACCCUUAUCAACUUUUUUUGUUUGUUUUGAUUUUGUUUUUUUUUGUUUUUUUUACAUUGAGCAAGAUGUCAAGCAUCACUUAGCAAGACACUGUCUGCUGCUCUGCAGGCUACAGAGCAACUGAGUGACCUGCGACAGAUUCAGAGAGAAAAGUAUUUCCGUUUUGUAUUUGUGGUCUAUCAGUGGGUGACGCUGCCUUUUCUACUUACUUUGAAUAACAUGCUAAUUUGUACCUUUUUAUGUACUGAAGUAGCUACUCGAAUUAAAGUAUUCAGGCAGUCCGACUGUAGCUACCGUCACGUCCAAGUCGAAUCUGUCAAACGUUUUUUUUUGUUUGUUUUUUGUUUUUUUGGUUUGGUGGUUGCUUCCCAUAUGCUACCCAAAGGGAACCUACAGAUGACUUGGCAUAUGGGUACACGAGAAUGCCUGGGCACAUGCAUGUUUAAGAGAACCUUGUUUUUGUUUUCCCCCAUCACUUCAGCGAUUGAUCAAUCGCGCAAGAGAUCUCACCCGGACUUUACGUCACGACGGAGGUUGCGACACGUUCUCCCACCCACCCCUCACACUUUGCAUUGGGUGUCAGCCAAGACCAACACCUCACUUAUUACCUCUGAAUCUAGCAGUUCAAAACCAGUCAGCAGGACACUCUCAUGCCAGAAAGUGGUGUUUCGUUUGCUGUUUUGUUACUCACUACCUUCUUAUAAACGUAAUCAGCUUUGAUACAUUUACAUAUCCCAAGAAGAAGUAAUAGUAAUGAGAAAAUGGUUUAUGUAAAUGUUAGAUUGCUUUUAAAAAAAAAGAAAAAUAGUUUUUAUAAAUACUGUUUGGGUGGGGGCGGGGGGGAGCCAGCAGUUUGCUAAACUCAACGUAAAACAUUCCAAAAUCAAAAAUUGAAAAGGAAAAAAAAAAAAGUUUGAGACUUUAAGUGUGUACCUGUUUCAGCUGUUACUAAGUGACAUCUGAUUUAGUGCGGUUUUCAUGAAAUGCAGCCCCUUUUUAAUAGUUGAAAUAGAAUUUAUGUAUAUAUUUAUAUUUUUUUAAUAAAGGAAGUAUAGAACUCACUACAUUUACUCCUGCUGGCAUAUCAAUCGCGUUUGGUUCUGGUUUUGAAGAGCAAUGUUCUUUUCCUCUGACUCAGCUCACCGGUGCAAAACGUAGAGCGCACUGAGAAUGACACUAAAAACGUAGGCCUUCUAUAAGAGGACAAGAGAAAAGUCUUGUACGUGAGGAUUACUUUCACAGGGUAAUAGUAUGCAUGUAUAUUCACAAGGUUUUCCGUUUGUUCGCCCUUUUGUCAGAGGAAGAUUGUGGUUCACCACAGCCUGCAUGCACAGAGCAUCAUGAAAAAAAGAGAGGAGGAAUGCUGAUUUGGGAUCUGACCGUAUUUAAUGUAAAUGGUCAGGGAGUAUAGAUUAGGUCUAGAUCAACACUCCUACUCUGAGAAGCUUUGUGUACCGACGGCUCAGUCUCCCAACCCCGAUCGCACCACAACAGUCACUGUUUAGAGAGUAGAGUAUCGUUAUAUGUAGGACUCCUGGAGCUGCUCUGGCUGUUGUGCUGCUGUGGUGGUGGGAAACCAAGCCCAGGUGUUUUAUGAGGUAAACUUUCCUUUCCACAGAACUUGAAUUUCUCACUCUUAAAAUGUUCUGCUGCCAUUUUGAACUUUGUUUUCCUUUUAAAAAACAAAAACAACAACAAAAAAAAAAAACAUGCAACAUGCACUAUAUAACUGAACAGCAUGGGGAAAAGGAUACGUGUCCACAGAUUGUAAAACUAGUCAAGACUUUGCUGUGUAUAUGAAAAUGCCCUUUGUAUUAUAUUCAGUCUUAUGUAUGAUAUAUAUAAAAAGAACCUACUUGACA